AUGCUCACGUUGACUGACUGGCAUGAGACGAAUACGGCCCAUAUCUUCCGUGCUCACGAUCUCCCCGGUGUCCGGAAAGAGGAGGUGGAGGUGGUGGUGGAAAACGGUAACAUCCUCCAGAUAAACGGCGAGAGGACCAAGGAGCAGGAAGACUCCGCCAACGGCAAGUGGCACCGCGUGGAGCGCCACCGCGGCAGCUUCGUCCGUCGAUUCCGCCUGCCGGACAACGCCAACCUCGAAGCCGUCAAAGCCGGCCUUGUGAACGGCGUCCUCACAGUCACUGUGCCCAAGAAGGAAACCCACCAGAUUUCUCGGGACGUCAAGUACGUAGACAUCAAUUGA